UUUUUCCACCGCCGACAUUUUUGUGCUCUGCUAUUCCUAUUAACAGUAUUUCUGUGCAUAACAUGAUAUAAACACUGCACAGUCGGUUAAAAACCCAUCUGUUAUCAUAAACCUAUGCAUUGACUGGGGCUGUAUAACUCAAAUUUGGACCGUGAAACGCCGUUUUUCGCUCGUAUUGAUUUCUCAGUUCAGUCAUUGAUGUGUUUGCACUUGUAGUCUAGGCUAGCUACUAUGAUUAGCUUGUUAGCUAAAUCAGCCCCUUUGACUGCAAGCAUGUAUCUAGCCAGCUAUUAAUAACAUUACUGAAAUUGCAACAUAAUCUAUCUGUUUGGUUUGAUGCAACCCCUUGGGUUGAUUAUCACGAUAUGCAGUUAAAUCUAUCAAAUAUUUUUAGCACGCGCUGCAAGCUCACUUAGGCAUUCAUUCUUGUGUUCAUGCACAACGCCCCCCUAGCAUCAACUAGGACCCAUUAGAUCAGUUGGUGUAUUUCAUUCAGACAAAACGUGUUAUUGCUAGUCCUGUUGAAAUCGAUUUAAUGUAGCUACAGCUAGCGUUACGUACUUAUAUCGUUAUCUAUCUAACUUUGCAGUCCACCAUUCAUGAAGUUUCAGUGUAUUGCACACAGUUUGCCCCCAUCUGAGGAUAUACAAACGUUGAAAAAAAAUUCUGUUAACUCGCUUUGCUUGUUAUGUUUCCUACAUUUCUAACAAUCUUCUGGUCUUCCCACUUUUUGUCUAGAUUAUUGACUGUUGUUUUCCCUGGAAAAGUGGUCUGGUCAGUGGUAAAGGCCUAACAUUGUGCCAGCCAUGUCGGUGAGGGAGUCAUUUAACCCAGAGAGCUAUGAGCUGGACAAGAAUUUCAGGCUCACACGCUUUGCUGAGCUCAAGGGUACAGGCUGCAAGGUACCCCAGGAAGUACUGCAGAAACUUCUUGAAGCCCUACAGGAAAACCACUACCAGGAAGAUGAACAGUUCCUCGGAGCAGUUAUGCCUAGGCUGGGCAUUGGUAUGGACACCUGUGUGAUCCCGCUCAGACAUGGGGGCCUUUCGCUGGUUCAGACGACAGACUAUAUCUACCCCAUAGUGGAUGACCCAUACAUGAUGGGCCGAAUUGCAUGUGCCAAUGUUUUAAGUGACUUAUAUGCCAUGGGAGUUACGGAAUGUGACAACAUGCUAAUGCUGCUGGGGGUCAGCAACAAAAUGUCAGAGAAGGAGAGGGACAAAGUGAUGCCAUUAAUCAUCCAGGGGUUCAAAGACGCAUCGGAGGAGGCAGGCACAUCAGUAACAGGGGGACAGACGGUACUCAACCCCUGGGUCGUCAUGGGGGGAGUGGCCACAACCGUGUGCCAGCCCAAUGAGUUCAUCAUGCCAGACAAUGCCGUGCCGGGGGACGUGUUGGUGUUGACCAAGCCUCUGGGGACUCAGGUGGCUGUGGCAGUGCACCAGUGGCUGGACAUUCCUGAAAAGUGGAACAAAAUCAAAUUAGUGGUAACUCAGGAGGAUGUAGAGUUGGCCUACCAGGAGGCCAUGAUGAACAUGGCUAGGCUCAACAGAACAGCGGCUGGACUGAUGCACACGUUCAACGCUCAUGCAGCCACGGACAUCACAGGAUUCGGAAUCCUGGGACAUGCCCAGACGUUGGCACGCCAACAGCGGAGCGAGGUGUCGUUCGUCAUCCACAAUCUGCCGGUUCUCGCCAAGAUGGCGGCCGUGUCGAAGGCCUGUGGUAACAUGUUCGGACUCAUGCAUGGCACCUGCCCAGAGACAUCAGGGGGUCUGUUGAUCUGUCUGCCACGGGAGCAGGCAGCCCGUUUCUGUGCCGAGAUCAAGUCACCUAAAUACGGCGAGGGCCACCAAGCAUGGAUUAUUGGCAUUGUGGAGAAAGGAAACCGCACUGCUCGCAUCAUUGACAAACCACGAAUCAUAGAGGUGGCCCCUCAGUCAUCAACCCAAAAUGUCAACCCAACUCCUGGUGCCACCUCGUAAUCCUUCCCACCACCUCCACUGCAACACAAAACCGGAACCUCAGAGCUCAGAUGAGUUUGUUUUUUUUAGACACAUAUUCUAGACACCAUCCUCGUGUGUGUAAAUAUUAACACGUGUCAACAGAAUCUGCUGGGUGGUUGUGUACAUAAUCCUGCUUCAGACAGUGGCCUUAGGGGCAGGGCACCACUCAGUGGACCCACCAUACCGGCGAUACAAAUUUAAUAGAGAACAACAGUAAUCCAUUUGCCUUUUGUGUCUGCUGCAUUCUGUUACGUUAAGUGAAGACGCACUUGAUCGGCAUGUUCAGGUUAGACUUGAGGAUGAUGAGGUGCUUUUCUGCUGAUGAUGAGAAUAUCCAAUAAUGGUGAUUCAUUUUGAAUCUAAAGGAGUCUGGUGUCUAUCGUCUCUUGGGCUCUUUUUAAAGGGUGGUCUCGUCAAGCACAUGUAAGCGAUGGCUUGUGGGAUAGCAUUUUUGUGUUCACUAUUUGUACAGUUGAAAAGCCUAGUUCCAUAGUUCCAGCUAUGACUGAUGCCUUGAAGAGAAGUGGGCUUAUGUAUACUUAUUAACAGAAGUGGGCCGAUUUCUUUUUACAUUCACUUUUUGUAUGUUCCCCAAAUCAAAUAAAUCAUAUAAGUAGAAGCUUCCAAUGACCGCUGUUUUACAAUAGUAUCAUAACAUUGAUUGUAUGAAACAAAUUGGGUUUAACUUUCAAAAAUGUUUAUGAUUUACUAAGAAUGUACAGAACAUAACGUGCAUGUUGUGUUUACAGUGGAAAUUGAUUCUUCUGAUGAGUUGAUUUUCUCAGCUUCUUUUAUGGUCAAGUGAAAAAAAAUAUAAAACGUCAUGUAAGUAUUCCAUGAGUAUGCCAUAGAAAAAUGUAAGGAGACUUGUAGGCAUCCAUCAACGGUAUUUUUGAUUUGAUUGAAUAUUUUUUCAUAUGGCUUUAUAGAUUCAUUUUGUAUGCCUAAAGGUUCUCAGUUGUUGUAUUCUCUUUAAAGUGUCUAUUAGCACAGCUAUUUGCUUAAAUAGGCAAACUCUACCCCCCUUAAGGUCUCUCAUCUGUCACUCAUUAUACUGGAGGGAGGGCCUUCAGCCAUUUCAGCUGGUCAUUCACCAGAUAUAUUGCCUUUUCUAAUUGGUCUGGGUACCGCACAUGGUUUUGGUGGUAUCUCUACUUCCAUAGCAGAAAUAAAACUGGAUUAUCUCU